AUGAGCAAGCAGUCAGUCGACGAGCUCGUAAGCUCGCUGAAGGAUCUCUUCCAAACCGGCGCGUACUCAGACUUGCGCAUUGAGUGCGGAGACGACCACCAUGCCGUCCAUCGCGCCGUGGUGUGUCCGCGCUCGCCGCUGUUGAGAAAGCACUUGGAGACUCCAAAUAAGUGGGCAGACGAGGAGGUCACCCAAGACGUCAUCAUCCUCGAAGACGACAACUCCGAGGCCGUCCGUCUGAUGCUGCACUACCUGUAUCAUCUGGACUACCCGCCAACGGAGGAGCAGAUCGACAGCGAGUUCAAGCUCAGGGAGCACGCGGCGACUUGGCCAGCUGAGGCUCAUGACGUUGAUGGGAUGGCCAGCCACCACGGCCACGGCCACGGCCACGGUCAUAACGUUGGCGAGUCUCAGCAUGGCACCACCAAUGGCACCAACGGCACUGGCCUCGGCAUCGCAAACGCCUCUCCCGAAAAUGGAAAUAGGCUCUACACCAAUGUCAGUUCCGCGACUACGACACCAAUGAUGACUACCGAGACAGCCGCCGCGCUGGCCGGGAGCAGCAGGAGCAGCAGGGAAAAGAGAAACAAACACAAAUCAUGCCCCCAACCCCAGGCCUCAACAACAACCCAGCCGCAGCAGUCCCAGCCUCAAUCUUCCGCAAAAGGAGGACAACCCGCACCCACCGGCCCCCUAACAACCCACGCCCAAAUGUACACCCUAGCGACCAAAUAUGGCAUCCCAUCCCUGGCCGCCCUAGCCGCGUCCAAGUUCUCGCGCGCCGUCGCCAGCGCCGCCCACAGCCCCAAAACAUGGGAUUACGACAUCGUCGACUUCGUCGCGGCGGCGACGGAGGUGUACAGAAAGCCAAGCAAGGACAAGGACAGCAAGGACAAGGACCACAAGGAUAAGGACCGCGGCGACGACCGCACGAAGCGCUUUGUUGUGGCAGACAGCACGAUGCGCGAUAUCGUGGUGGAGGCGAUCGCGGCGCGCCCCGAGAUGCUAGCGCUGGCGGAUGUGCAGGAUGGGAUCCGGGGGCUGGAGCUUUCGUUUGAUCUGUUGAUGCAUCAUUUACGGGGGACGGAUGGUGGUCAGGGGGUGGUGAAUGGGACGAACGGGACUCCUGGGUAG